CCCUCUUUCUCUCCAUCUCCUCAGCUGCCUGCUCCUCUUCCUCACUCACCCCCUCCUCCCUUUCCGCUCUCUCCUCCUUACUGCCUGCGUCAGCCAGCAGCCCCUGCCAGCUAGUAAACGCUGCUACUGGAGCUGCUGUACCCUCCAAAGAGCCGUGUGUGUGUGUGUGUAAGUGUGUGAGUGUACGCAGAUGGGAAAGCAACUGAGUCAGGGAGGGCUGCCUCUCAUCUCUCCGCUGUUACCGCCAUCCUUCACUUCCUCCACCUCCGCUGCCAUGGAGCUCCAGCAGGCUGAAUCACAACAGCAUCUGCAGAAAGGGCUGAGGUAAUAUUGUGUCUGUGUUUUUGUGUGUGUGUGUGUGUGUGUGUGUAAUGAAGAGGGCUUACUUUUCCGUAUUUACCUCUGCAUUGAAAUGCCUGCAUGCAGCCUUUGAUUGUCAGUGCAAUCCCAUCAUCUUCAUUCCUGUUUAACAUCCUCUAACGUGUGUGCAGGAAUGUCUCUUCAUCAUCUACAUAUGUGUGGGAUUGUGAGUGUUUCCUUCAUGGCACUGUUCCUGCUUUCAUCCGGAGUGCUCGCACAUAUCACAUGACCCAGAUUGCAAGCAAACACCAGGCAUCACUUGUCCCCCCCCCCCCCCGUACCCUGUACUCACUGUACGUGCGUACACACAAUCACUGUCGAUCCAAGCAGGCCUGUGAAUGUUUUGUAUUGUAGUGAUGGGGUGAGUCGAAGCUAGCCAGGUGGUGAAUUAUUGACAUGUGAGAGGCAUGUCGGUGUCCUUGCGAGCUGGGUUUUUGUCAGUAUUGCAUGGAAUUGAAAGUUCCUUUUCAGUAGCUCUGUCUGCCUCUCUGCAGGCCAGCAUCUCAAUCUCAACCAUCAAGAAUCACAAACCAAAAACCUUUAUCCUCAGACACAGAUGUCCGUCUCUGAUUAAUUUCUUCUCCAAACAGGUAGAUGUGUGUGUGUGCGCGGUGCUCAGUCGGGCCAGUAUGGAGUGUGUAUGCCUGAGGAGGUGGGCAUCGGGCUCUGCUGUCGUGUUCCUUCACACACUGGCCUUGUCCUGGACAGGUGCAAUCGGGCCCGCCGCCAAAAUUGACGGACGGCACCGAGCUGCUGUGACACUGCAGGAGAACAUGACACACGGCUUCAACUGCCAAUCAAACGGCUGGGAUCCCCGCGCCCCUCCCUUGCUGACGUGGUACCUGAACGGGGAGCAGCAGAGAGACCCCCCGCCGACCCGGGGCCGGCUGGUGAUGACGUCGCCGCGGGAAGAUUUUGAGGUCCCGAGGUCGCGGACCCAUCACAACAGCACCUUCUCUCUGCGGGCCAGGAAGUGGGACCGGGAGCUGGUGUGCGUCGCAUCCAACCCCAGGACAGGAGAGAGCCACAAUGCCACGGUCACGCUCAAUGUCCAGUUUCAGCCAGAGGUCCUGAGGCUGAACGCCCACUACAGCGAAUCCUCAGACCCCGGCCUCUCCUUGGUCCUCUUCGCCUUGGUGCGGUCCAACCCGCCCGCCACCAUCACCUUCGUGGACCAGUCCGGCCAGCUGGUGGCCAACACCUCCGACUUCCUCAUCCUGGACUCACGACGCUACCCCUGGUUGACCAAUCACACGCUGAAGAUCACGCUGGGGAAUCUAUCAGGGAACAUCUCGCUGAACGUCAGCAACAGUGUGGGAACGGUGCAGAGCAACCUCACACUGGCAGAGUUCCUGCAGUCUCGCGUGGAGGUGCCCAUUCUGGGAAUAGUGACCGGGGGAGCCAUGGCCUUCAUGGCCCUCCUCAUCCUCAGUCUGAUUGUUCUCUGCCUCAUGCAAAAAAACAAGAGCAAGUCCUUUGAUGAGCCAGUGGAGAUUCUGAUGACCAAGAAAAGUGACUCAGCCAAUCUGAAGACAGAGAAAGCUGGUAAGACCUACAUCCCCCGAGAGAACAUGUCUCUGCCGUCCAACAUGCAGCUCAACGACCUCAACACUUUGAGAAAAGCCCGAGAGGCCGCCCAGCAGAACAGUGUGGGCGAGAAGAAGGAAGAGGAGGAGGAAGAUCUGUCUGUAGCCUACGCCGCCAGAGGUUUUGCCAGAUAUCCGAUGGUGGGCUACAUCUACAAGGUGAACAGCACAAGCAGUGAGGAGGUCUGGCUCUGACUGACCUCAAAGUUACGCACAAACUCACACGUAAUGCAUGCAAAACUACUUCC